AUGGCACUCAAGCUGUUGACGACUGCGGCCCUUGUUGGUGGCGCCGGAUGGACUUACACAACGCAAGAAGCGUGGUCCAGAGGGCCGUUUAUCAAGGCUGCCGCUGGAAUAUGGUUCGUGGAGCUGUUUCUAUACGCCAUCUACGAGCUGUUUCUGUAUCCAACCUUUUUCUCGCCCAUAAGAAAUGUGCCUACGGCCCCGGGAGGGCAUUGGUUGAUGGGACAUGGAAAGCAAAUCAUGGCUUCCAAGCCUGGUGCGCCAAUCAGAGAAUGGGUGACUACUGUUCCCAAUGAGGGACUUAUACGGUACUACUGGUUCUUCAAUAAGGAGCGUCUGAUUGUCACCUCACCUAAAGCCUUGGGCGAGGUGCUUGUCACAAACAAUUACGCGUUCAGAAAGCCCGAGAAUGUGAGAUCGUUGCUCGGCCGCCUCCUGGGCUAUGGAUUGCUUCUCGCAGAAGGAGACGAGCACAGGCACCAGCGGCGCAACCUGAUGCCCGCCUUUGCGUUCCGGCACAUCAAGGAGCUGUAUCCUCUCUUUUGGGACAAGGCGCGUGAGUCUGUCCAGGCCAUGAUGAAGGAAUGUGGCCAGGAGGGCCAGACGGACAUGGAAAUCAGCGAGUGGGCGUCGAGGGUGACGCUCGACAUCAUCGGCGUUGCUGGCCUGGGCAAGGACUUUAACUCGAUCCAGGACGAGAACAGCGACCUUGUGCAGACGUAUGGCUAUCUGUUCAAGCCGAGACCGCCGGCGAAGUUCUUGAUCAUGCUGGCCACUCUGGUGCCGUCUUGGCUGAUCUACCGGCUUCCGUUGAAGCGCAACCGAGAGGUCAACGACGCUGCCAGGAAGAUCCGAGCCAUGUGCCGGGACGUCAUCCGCGAGAAGAAGGAGAAGAUGAUUGCAAACAAGGAGCGCACAGAUGUGGACAUUCUCUCUGUCGCGUUGGAGAGCGGACAGUUCUCCGAUGAAAACCUGGUCGACCAGCUCAUGACGUUUUUGGCCGCCGGCCACGAGACGACGGCGACGGCCCUGACCUGGGCCAUCUACUUCCUCUGCUGCCACCCCGAGAUGCAGACCCGGCUGCGCGCCGAAGUCCGCGAGAGGCUGCCCUCGACCGACGACGCCGGCGCCAAGCUCGCGAGCCAGGACAUUGACCGCAUGCCGUACCUCCACGCCGUGUGCAGCGAGGUGCUGCGCUUCUUCAGCCCCGUCCCGGUCACCAUCCGCGAGGCCUCGUACAACACCACGAUCCAAAACGUGCCCGUCCGCGAGGGCACCCGCAUCGUGCUGGCCCCGACCGCCGUCAACGUGGACCCGAAGCUCUGGGGCGCCGACGCCCUCGAGUUCGAUCCGGAGCGGUGGAUCUCCAAGAACAAGGACUCGGAGGAGAGCAACAGGCGCGCGGCGAGCGGCGGCGCGGACAGCAACUACUCGUUCAUGACGUUUCUGCACGGCCCGCGGAGCUGCAUCGGCCUGACGUUUGCGACGGGCGAGUUUGCGUGUCUGCUGGCGGCGUGGAUUGGGCGCUUCGAGUUUGAGCUGGUGAACAAGGAGGAGAUGGAUAUGGAGAAGCUGGACAUUAAGGGGAAUGUGACGGCGAGGCCGGUCAAGGGGCUGCAUGUGAAGGCGAGGGCAGUGCCGGGAUACUGA